AAACAAAGCCUACCAAGGUUUUCGACCCUCAAUGUAUUUGUGGUUGCAGUGUAACAAAUAGAAAAAUGAUGAUGCAGCGGUGCCUACGCAGCGCACAUCAACCAGCCGCUAGGGCAUCAGCUCGUUCACAACGUUCUCGAUCGUUGCAUGUAUGCAAUGUUGCAGCAGUACAAGCCAAGUCGGUGUCUGGCACCUUGAACGAAUUGAAGGCCAAGGGAAAAGUCGCGUUCAUUCCCUUCAUCUGCGCCGGGGAUCCUGACCUUGACACGACGUCAGCGGCUCUGCGCAAACUUGACGAAGUUGGCGCAGAUGUUGUUGAGCUGGGCGUGCCGUACUCGGACCCUCUUGCGGACGGGCCCGUCAUCCAGGGGGCUGCCACGCGUGCUCUGGAGAAGCACACGACCCUGGACCGCGUCAUUGAGAUGGUGCGCCGCACCGCACCCACCCUGAAGGCGCCGCUGGUGAUGUUCACGUAUUACAACCCCAUCAUGCGGAAGGGCCUAGACAACUUCUGCCGCACCAUCAAGGAGGCCGGUGCUGCGGGCCUGCUGGUGCCGGAUCUACCGCUGGAGGAGACGGUGGCGGUGCGCGCAGCGUGCCAGGCCGCUGGGAUUGAGCUGGUGCUCCUAACAACGCCCACCACGCCUCAGGCGCGGAUGAGCGCGAUUGCGCAGGCCAGCCAGGGCUUCGUGUACCUGGUGUCGCUGACGGGCGUGACGGGCAUGAAGGACACUGUGGAGUCGCGUGUGGAGGGCCUGGUGCAGAGCCUGAAGGAGGUUACAGACAAGCCGGUCUGCGUGGGCUUUGGCGUGUCACGGCCGGAGCAGGCGCAGCAAAUCGUGUCGUGGGGUGCGGACGGCGUCAUCAUCGGCAGCGCGCUUGUAAAGGCACUCGGGGAGGCCAAGUCACCGGCUGAGGGCCUUCAAGCUAUGGAGGAGCUCGCACGCCGCCUGCGGAGUGUAAUCCCGUGAGCGCCAUCGGAUAGUACGGAGUCUGACUAGGAACGUUUUGGAAUGAAUGAUGCUGCAGGACGGGGAUUUAGGAUUGGAGUUUAGGUGUGUUCGGAACGUGCCCCUGUGGAAAGACGGUAGAACACCCACAUGUAACAACAUAUCGUGGCUGAAGGAUGCUACUUUUCCCGCACGGCAUCUUGGUGUCCCCGUGUCUUGAAUCCAUGUAGCAAAGCAGGGGGCCUUGUCGCGGGAUACUAGGGAAGGGUCGUGCCGUCCAUCAACACUUUAGUGGUGCAUCAUACCCCGCAUUGGCUUCUAUGCCGUACAGCGUCGUUAAAGAAGACAGUCCUAGAGGGGCAUGCACUCCUUGAGUGUUCUUA